AGGCGGCGACUGCCACCCCACUCUCGAGCUGGGUUAGUCGGCGCGGCAGGGCGGCGGCGGGGCGACCCGGUCUUUCCUAGCACUACGUGGGAAGGCCCGGUCCGCAGGCCGGCCGUACCCUCUGCCCCAGCCCCUGCCGAGGAGCCUCGUUCCGCGUAGCGACAUGGCGGGCGGGCGCCGCGGCCCGCUGCUCACGGCGCUCCUGGUCGCCUGGGUCGCGGCGGCGGCAGCUGCGGAGGCGGAGGCCGGCCCGGAGCAGGCCGCGCUGCCGCAGGAGCGGAGCCUGGUGCGGCCCAUGACCGCCUCCAACUGGACGCUGGUGUUGGAGGGCGAGUGGAUGCUGAAAUUUUAUGCCCCUUGGUGUCCAUCCUGUCAGCAGACUGAUUCAGAAUGGGAGACUUUUGCAAAGAAUGGUGAAAUACUUCAGAUCAGUGUGGGGAAGGUGGAUGUCAUUCAAGAACCAGGUUUGAGUGGCCGCUUCUUUGUCACUACCCUCCCAGCAUUUUUUCAUGCAAAAGAUGGGAUAUUCCGCCGUUACCGUGGCCCAGGAGUCUACGAAGACCUGCAGAACUAUAUCUUAGAGAAGAAGUGGCGAUCAGUUGAGCCUCUGACUGGCUGGAAAUCCCCGGCUUCUCUAACGAUGUCUGGAAUGGCUGGUCUUUUUAGCAUCUCUGGCAAGAUAUGGCAUCUUCACAACUAUUUCACAGUGACCCUUGGAGUUCCUGCUUGGUGUUCUUAUGUCUUUUUCAUCAUAGCCACCUUGAUUUUUGGCCUUUUCAUGGGUCUGGUCUUGGUGGUCAUAUCAGAAUGUUUCUAUCUGCCACUUCCAAGGCAUUUAUCUGAAGGUUCUGAGCAGAAUCUUAGGUCAGAGGAGGCUCAUACAACUGAACAGUUGCAGGAUGCAGAGGAAGAAAAGGAUGAUUCAAAUGAAGAAGAAAACAAGGACAGCCUUGUAGAUGACGAAGAAGAGAAAGAAGACCUUGGUUAUGAGGAAGAAGCAGAGGAGGACGAGGAGGACAGCCCGGCUGCUGGCAUGGACGAGAAGAGGAGUGAUGCCCGGGACCAGGGGCCCCUGAGGGAGGUCCAGGAGGAUGAAGGACCUGGUGGGACUGAAGACAAUGCCCCAGAGCAGCCCGGUCCAGCUGGCGCGGAGGCAGUGGAAGACACAGUGAGACAGCGCAGAAGUCAGCAUGCCGACAAGGGACCGUCGGCCUGAUGACAGUGUUUCCAAGGAUACAGACCAAAAGAAUAUGUCAGCUUCCUUCUGGUCUGCAGUUUAAACCAAAUCCUUAUUUUUUUCUUGAAUGAGCAAGCUUCUCUUAAAAAAUGAUCUCUAGCCAUGUAGUCUUAUGGCAUUAAGCCUCAUAUAUGUUAAGGAGAAUCUUUCAGGCAUGACAGUCAGGAUACAGAAAAACAAACAUGCUGUUAGGGUCUCUUUGGGACCUGUGAUGAGAACAAAUUCAUUUCCUUGGGGCUCCAGAGUUUUGACCAGAGGAAGCAAUCCCCAGCCAUCAUGAGCACUGUUCAUGGGCAGUAGACAAGGCUGCAGGCCCCUAACAUGAAAGCAGGGCGAAUGAACGUCCUCAGGGUGUAGCUGAUAUCUUGCUUCCUCUUCUUGUAUUGAAUAUUUAUUAUUGUCAAACUGUAAGAAACAUCAGGUACCAUAGUACAAGGGUACUCUUUAGAGAUAGAAAUUGAGAGGGCCUUGGAUAUUAUUGUAGAAAAGAGCUUGGAAAUCUUCCUAACUCUCUAAAUCUCCCUUCUUAUGUUUUAUUUCUUACCUUUAACAUUUCCAACUUUCCCACCAUGGGCCUGCAGGCUCCUCACACUCUUCACAAUACGUCCUUAGUGAGAGGACUCAGACAGCAGUCUGCUUGACAUCAGCUGCGUUUAUUCCACCUUAAGGGUUUAGAUAAUCAAGAAGCACAGCCCAUGAAGCCAUGACUGCCAAGCAUCUCAAAUGAAAUGUUGUAACCUUUGGAGAUUCAAAAGGAAGUAGGGGUUUUACAAGAGAGAUUUUUCUUGUUGUUUUUAGCCAAAAUGUAGUCAUUUUUUUUUUCCAAAAAGUUCCUUUAGCAAUAUUCUUUUUGAAGCCAGAAGUCUCCUAAGUCUUGCCAGUACAAGGUAGUCUUAUGAAGAAAACUUGAAUACUGUGUUGUUUUGUUUCCAUCUCAAGGGGUUCCCUGGCUCUUGAACCACUUUAAUAAUAACUGAAAAACCAUUUCUGGUUUUCCUUCAGUGAUGUGCUUUUGGUGAAAGAAUUAAUGAAAGUGUAUAUCUGGAAAUGAAAGAUUUGGUUUCGUUUCCUUCUUCCUUAAUCUUGUAAAGAAUUUUAUCCCUGUAAAUCUCUCAAUACUCAACCUGCUAAAAGUACCCAGGGGGCCCAAUGUCUUUUAAAAAAUCCAUCCAUCUACCUGAUUUGCGUCUUAGAAUAAAUUCAUAAUAUUAGAUUCCAAGCUUAUGAAAGAUGUCUAAAGUUGAUCCUACACCCCUUUGGGUCCAGACAGAAUAAUAAGUAGUGCAGGUUUAUGAAAUUCAAAAAGCUUCUGUCAUCUUUAAAAAGAAAAACGCAGUAUAUGCCUAUCUGGCUGUUUCAAUAACCCUUACGUUGUACUGACUUUGAACUCGGGCUCACUGGAGGAGGGGGAGGUUCUGUAACUCUACCCUGGUGUGGCUGAAGGAAUCUGUUGCAAGCCUCAUACAAAGGGAGUUUUUAUUCUGACGGAAUCCAGUUUUCAGAGUUGGUUGUUUUUCAUCUUCCCAACUCAGUGACCUGACAGUCUCAUCCCCCAGUGCAGUGACAUUCAUUAAGAGUUGCCAAUAAUUUUUUUCUUCAGACAGCAGCACGACCUCAAGUUUGAGGCUAUCACAGAACUGACAGACUGGGAAAACCUUGACUUGUGCUCAUUUCUUGCCCCUCCCACCAUCUAGGGCUCUGAUACCUCCUCACACAAAGCACCAUGGUACUGAGGGGGGCAGCUCCAUGCCUUUCUGGAUCAGAGCUGAGCUGGAUCUGCCCUCCUGUCACUGGAUUUUCUUUCUUUUCUAAUCAGCUGAAACAAAGUUUUCAAAGAUCAUUGAGUUCAAGUUCAAGGGUAUGGAAAAAGAAGGGUUUCAUAGUUUGGCUUUUCUGUACAAUACCUCCUCCCCCGCAAUAUUGAAUUUUUUUUUUUUUUUUAAGUGAAGUAUUUCACUAAAGGGGAAGGAAUGAAGAAGUAAAGUCUACUUUGGCUUUUUAUAAAUGUAAGGCCAAUUCCCAGUUGGACUCCAAAUAGUAUCUGAUUAUAUGAUGAGACAAAUGUAUUUUCUUUCUCAGCAAUACUUAAAAAAAAAAAUUGGAGGAAGAGGAAUAAAACAGUUUGGAGAACCGGAUCCAUUAAAAGUUGAAGUAUCGGGCUUCCCUGGUGGCGCAGUGGUUGAGAAUCUGCCUACCAAUGCAGGGGACACGGGUUCGAGCCCUGGUCUGGGAAGAUCCCACAUGCCGUGGAGCGACUAGGCCCGUGAGCCACAAUUGCUGAGCCUGCGCAUCUGGAGCCUGUGCUCCGCAACAAGAGAGGCCGCGAUAGUGAGAGGCCCGCGCACCGCGAUGAAGAGUGGCCCCCGCUUGCCACAACUAGAGAAAGCCCUCGCACAGAAACGAAGACCCAACACAGCCAUAAAUAAAUAAAUAAAAUUAAAAAAAAAAAAAAAAAAGUUGAAGUAUCUGGCUACGGGGACUGUUUUUCCUGUUUUGUUUUUGUUUUUUUUUUAAUAUUCUGAUGAAAGAUGUAUAUAUCUAAUUUAAUUUCUUUCCACUUCUAGCCUUUAGGUUCAUUUUCAAUACUUACUGAAUAUAAAAUUAAAGGAAAAAAGUCAACCCAAAAUAAUUUAAAAUUAGAUUAACAUUUCAAUAGGAUUGAUCGAUUUUUUCCUGUAGAUAAUAUAUUUAAUCCAGAAGUCAAGUGCAUGGAAACAUGAUUUUGAUUGAAAAAAUAAAAAAUAAUCAUGCCUCCCUAUAUUACAGUAUCAUUUAGUUACAGAAUAGUAUUUUAUAUAUAUAUCAAAAUUAGGUAAAUUAAAUAAAACUGUUCAUUUGGGAAUGGGGGUGCAGUGCUUUAUGUAUGAGUAGUGGGAAUGGGGUGCCUGUUCACUGAUUAGAGGGAAAAUCUGAAACUUCUAGCUACAUUUUCCUUAAGUUUCUUUCUUUUAUUAUUCAUCUCUUGCCAAACCACCCCAACUUGGUUAGAGAUCUCAUGCUGAAGCAACAUAUGGGCAAUCCCACUUCCUUUCCCUUUGAAAUGUAAGCAUGAAUGGGGCAAGAGCCUGCUCAUUCAGCUCACAGGGCCUGGCACCACGUGGGCACGCACCCCCAGCCUGAUCUCAGGAGCACAAUCCCUGUUAGCCACGGGCCUCUCUGACUACAAAAAGAAAUCCAAAAUUACUAAUGUGACAAAAAGCAGACAAGCUUUGUUUGGUCAGGUUGAUAUUGACGGUGGAGAAAGGCAAAUUUUGACUCUUAUGGCCCAACUCCUUGUUGAUAGCUAUGGUGUUUUUCCAGGAUUUGGUUAUGUGUAAUUUGAGUAGAUGAUAAAAGUGUCUUUUAAGGCAAGUACUUGGCAUGUGACCUUUUAUUACCAAGUCCUUUAAGAGUGGAGCCUGUUUGACAGAAUGGGAAACAUUAAAGAGUCCAAAACAGGGUAGAAAUGAUAGAAUGUACCUGAGCUUUUAGCAUAAAACCUUAAAUUGGCAUGAAGUGAGAGAAAGAAGGGGAAGAUUGGUGCUUUUGCUAAUGUGUCUCAGUAGUUUCGAUAUGUCCUUCAUCUCAGUGUUAAAGUGUUACUUCUGCCAGUAUUCUGAAUGUGUGGUUGGCCCAUUCUUUCAAUAUAAUAUUUUGGGAAGUAUUCAUGUAAAUCUUUUGCACUAAUAGAAAAGUUCCUUCUUGUUUAGUAGCUGUUUACCUCAGUCCUACGUUCUGAUCCCUCAUAGCUUGUUUUGAAAACCAAACAUGGAGUCAUCAAAUCUGAUGAACCCAGAUGGGGCAGUUUUUUUAGCAUGUUUCCUGAACCAGGAGGUUUGGUUGAAAGGCCUUUGAUAGUUUCAGACCAGGACUUGUGGCCUUCAGAUGGCUUAUUUUCAGUGAAGUUUCGUGUGAACUGUGACAUAUGUGACUCAUACAACUUUAACAGGUUUCUGAUGUAUUUUAAUCAUAUUUGUUACUAAAUAGCUUCUUUGUGCAAAUGCAGCUUUUAUACUAAAAAUACUGUUUAUUUGUAUUGUAAUACAUUAUAAAUUCGUUAUUUAUAUUCUUGUAAUGGUCUUAAUCUUUUAGCCUAGUGAUACUUCAUUAUUUUUUUUCUUCAUCUCUGUAUUUUUUGCUUCUGCAGCAACUGGAGUGGGAAAUCAGGAUAUGAGUCUCAAGCAGGGCAUUGCCUGAAUUACAAAUCACCUUAUCACAGAAUUGUA